AGCGCGUGGAAUUGGAGCCUUACGUAAUGUAGUUUUUAAAGGUUGUGUACAUUUGUCGGGCUUCACGUCUCAGAAACCCGACGUGAAUACUGUGUCAUUCAGACCGUUUAUUGCUCUACCGACGUGGGCCCGAGAGGACGCAGCUAAAGUGUGACGUCGUAAUGAUUUCUUGACGCCUGCCUCAUCAUCCGUCAGUAUGAGUGGUGCCGCGCUGGCUGUUGUGGUGGUGGUGGUGUUCCUCUUGGCCCUCUACCUCCUGCAGCGCUAUGGAGAUCUGCGGAGGCAGCAGCGCAUGGUCCUCCUGGGGACGCUGCUGUCGUGGUACCUUUGCUUCCUCAUCGUCUUCAUCCUGCCGCUCGACGUCAGCACGACCAUCUACAAGCAGUGCAUUCUGGACAACGCAAUCCACCCGACGCCUGUAACUCCGGCAAGACGCACUAAUCAGACGGACCACAACUCCUCUGCUCAUCCGACUGUCGGUAUAUUAAAGGUUUGUGAGGAGCCGUGGAGUUAUAUACCAGAUGGCAUUUUGCCAGUGUUCUGGAGGGUUGUAUACUGGACGUCCCAGUUUCUUACUUGGCUGCUGUUGCCUUUCAUGCAGUCGUAUGCGCGGUCGGGAGCUUUCUCAAGAGUUGGGAAGAUAAAAACGGCUCUCAUUGAAAAUGCUAUUUAUUAUGGCACCUACCUCCUUAUUUUCAUCUCUCUGCUCGUCUACGUGGCUGCUCACCCGCAGUGGAAAUUCACAUGGAGAGAGCUCCAGACCAUUGGCAUCACAGCCGCCAACACCUGGGGCCUCUUCCUUCUGGUGCUUUUGCUAGGCUAUGGCUUAGUGGAGAUCCCACGCUCUCAUUGGCUCUCGUCGUCCCAUGGUUACCUGCUGGCAAAGACCUACUUCAAGGCAGCUAAAGUUGCCACUGAGAAAGUGGCGGCAGAGGAGAAUCUGGCAGAUGUUAUGGAGGAGGUGGCAGGCGUCCAUGAAUCUGUCCGGAACAACCACUGUCUCAGGAAGUGUGUGGACACCAUCAUUACAAAGUGUCCCACUGAGUAUAAAGAAGAGAUGGGAAGAACUGUGGAAAGCUCUGGUGGUGAGCAGAAUGUCCUUCCCACCAAAAGAGGCUUGAUUAAGCUGCAUAAAAAAGUCAUCUCUGCUGUGCAGAGUCACGGCCAGACUCAGGUUCAGUGGUCUAUCUUGUUAGAUGAGGCCUUUCAUCUAGAAGAUGUGGCUAAAAGCCAGAGCAGCCCGAUCCGACACUUCAUCCACAGCUCCCCGUCACAACGCCACGCCAGCUGGAUCCAUCGGUUCAUCUACACUCCCACUGUGGAGUGGUACUGGGAGUGUGUGUUCAGGCAGGGCUUCUACAGGCUACUGGCAGUGCUCCUGUGUCUGCUCUCGGCUGCGGUCGUUUGGUCCGAGUGCACCUUCUUCACGACUCACCCGGUCCUCUCCCUCUUCGCUGUCUUUGUUCAGAUGGCUGAAAAGAACCACAACUACAUUUGUAUUGAGAUGGUGUGCUUCGUCAGCAUCCUCUUCCUGUGUGUCUGCGUCUACUCCACAGUGUUCAGGAUACGAGUCUUCAACUACUACCACCUGGUGCCACAUCACCAGACUGAUGCUUACAGCCUGCAGUUCAGCGGCAUGCUCUUUUGUCGUCUGACCCCUCCUUUAUGCCUUAACUUUCUGGGCCUGAUUCACAUGGACUCUGCCAUCUCGCACCAGGCCAGAAUACAGACAUCCUACACCUCUAUCAUGGGCUCUAUGCGUGUGCUGUAUUUUAUAUCGGAUGGUUUCUACAUCUACUAUCCUAUGCUAGUAUUGCUACUCUGCUUUGCCACUUUUUACAGCCUGGGUUCUCGCUGUUUGAACCUACUAGGCUUCCAUCAGUACAUGACUGACGACCACUUAACCGCCGACCUGGUGGACGAAGGCAGGGAACUGAUCAGAAGAGAAAGAAGAAAAAUACAGAAAUCGGAGGAUGGAGAAAAUCGAAGAUGGGCCUGGAGGGAGCGGUAUGGCGUUCAUGGGGCUACUGGAAGAACAAGAACAAGAGCAGGUUACACUGAGUUGAGCGAUGACCAGAGCAGCCGUGUCACAGAGAUCAAGAACAGUGUGGUCACAUUCACCAGACAAGAUGGAGAGGAGGCGGAGCAGAAGAGAGGCUUACUGCGAGAUCAUUCCAGUGAUGAAGACUCACCAAACAGAAGAUCCACAGGAGCACGUUACCUUUCUCUGUCCCCUCCUCGGACAGGCAUCUUUGACGACGUUUGAUACACUGGAGGCAUAGAAGAGGAGCGAAGAAAGUUGAAACAAGCUGGAACGUAAAGAAAGACUAAAAAUGCACAUCUUCUUGAAGAGAGCCUGAAUGAAAAGGAUGAUACCGUAUCUCAGGAAAUAAAGAGGAAGAUACAAUCGUUUAGUACUAGUAUAUAACUAGUAUUCACUGGAAGAGAGCACUGACUGUGAUUAACCGGUUUUUGAAGAGCCGACUCCUGUUGAAUGUAUAUUUGAUAUAUAGUUUUAGGGUUUUACAAGUGUUGAUUUAUGGAUAAAUGGGAUUAAUCUGCAGUAAUUUAGCGAAAUCCACACAAUUCAUGUGGAAAUGCAUUAUUGUCUAAGUAUUUCACAACACAGGUUCAUACAUUUCAUUUAUAAAAAACAAGCCACUCUGCUAGUUGUGAAAACAAAAUAAUAUGCUAACUGAUAUACUCAAUGGGAAGAUAUCAACAUCCUAACAUAUUUCAUUGUGUAGUUUGUGUGUUGGGAAGAAAUGACUUGUUUAUACGUAAUUUGUAGUCUUUAGUCAGUUAUUUUCCGUAAGGGUGUAUAUGUUUUGUAUUUCUGCAUACCAACAUAAUGCAUUAAAACAUCGUAAUCUAACCCAUUCUCACAAUGUUCAUUAGAUGAUGAAUGACCUAAUUUAAUGCAAAUCUUCUUUUUUAUAUUAUAAGAGGUUGUCCAAAUGUCUGAAAAGUUAUAUAAACUUCAGGUAGUACUGAAUAAAG